AUAUUUCCAUUUUGUUUAUAUAUAAGAGUUAGUGUUAGGAUUAAGUACCAUGUCAGCCCACGAAUCUGGUGGAUUGGAAGUGGAACAAGCUCAAGAGAAUCAUUCCAAAGAAGUUCAAAAUGAAAAUAAUGGAGGAGUGAAAGAGGAAUCUGAUGAUUCUGCUGUUCAUAGUGGGGAUGAUGAGAUUGAAAAAUCUAGUGAAUCACCUGUAAUCGUUAUGUCAAGGAAUGGCAUUGCAAAUGACGCUGAAAAAUUGCCAGAGCUAACGACAGCAACUGUUUCCACGAACGACAAUGAAAAGGAGGAGAAAAAAGCUGUCAAGAUCAAGGAUGGAAAUGAACUAGUUUUUAUUCAAGAUGACUUGAUUUCGAUUACAGUUACUCCUCCCAAUGCUAAGUCAUUUGAAGUUCAGGUUUCACCGCAAGAAAUAGUUCAAGAACUCCAUCACUUGCUUAUUGACCAUGAAACUACUUGCCAAAGAACCUGUUUCAGUUUAAGACUGAACGGUGUUAAAAUGGAUAAUUUUUCUGAACUAAAAAGCAUUCCUGAUCUCGAGAGUGGAUGCGAAAUCAAAGUUGUGGAAGAACCCUACAGCCUGCGUGAAGUAAAAGUCCACUUAAGACAUGUCAGGGAAUUAUUAAAUUCAUUAGAUUUUGAAGAAGCUCAUCUUGGUGCUGAAGGACACAGUCUAUCCUAUCUAAAUAUUAUAACUCAGAAUGAUGUUUCAGAAGAAGCAGCAGUCAAGAGUGAGAGUCCUUCGUCGACCCCGAAUUCACCCCCAUCACCUAGUCAUGUUCCAUCUUCUAGUCGUUCCAACAGUCCGAACAAUAACAAGAAAAGCAAUCGGAAUAAAUCCGAUUCAGAUUCGUCGGAAGAAAAUGGGAAGCCAAACAGCAAUAAUAAAAUACAUCGUUAUAAAACUCUUCUUUCAUCUUUGCCAAAACAACUUGAUCCUGCAUCAUACAGACCUCCUGAAUAUGUUUUACCAGGAGUAAAAGAAGCAUCGCUAUUGCAAAUGCAUCCUGAGAAUACAUUAAAGGUGAAAUCCUGUGUAAAAGUUUUAACGAUGAGUUUAUGGAAUCCACCUCCACAAAAUAGAAAACUUCACGGAGAUCUCAUGUAUUUAUACGUUAUUACAAUAGAAGAUAAACACUUCCAUAUCACUGCAUCAUCUAGAGGAUUUUAUGUUAACAAGAGUGAUUUGACUACUUUUGAUCCUAAAUCUGAAACGUUCUCACCACCUUUUCAUUCUCUCAUUGAUUUACUGAUGGACAUAUCACCGGGAUUCCGAAUCAACUUUCCUAUUUUGAACAAAGUCCGAUGUAAUCGACACAUUUUCGAACGAGUCGGAACGCCUUUUCAGAUACAUGCUUGGACCGCACCUCAACAAAAUCAUCAAGUGAAUCAUGUUCACGCAGAAGAUUUCUUGAGUACGAGAACGUCUGUUGAAGAAACAAUCCCUGGACAGUCUACAAGAGACUGGAAUGAAGAACUUGCUGCAACAAGGGAAUUACCAAAGACAACGUUGCCAGAAAGAUUGCUAAGAGAAAGAGCAAUGUUCAAGGCUCACUGUGACUUUGUAGCAGCGGCUACUCGUGGUGCUGUUAUGGUUAUCGAUGGUAAUAUUAUGCCGAUCAAUCCUGGAGAAGACAGAACAAUGCAAAUGUUUAUUUGGAACAAUAUUUUCUUCAGUCUUGGUUUCGAUGUGAAAGACCAUUACAAAGACCUCGGUGGAAAUUAUGCUGCGUUUUACGCUCCACUUGCUGAUCUUAAUGGUUUGCGGGCUUAUCAAGCAGUAGAUGCAGAAGGUCUUCAUCUACUCGGAACUGUUGUUGUUGAUUACCGUGGAUACAGAAUAACAGCACAAUCUAUCAUACCUGGCAUUUUGGAAAGAGAACAAGAACAAAGUAUUAUUCAUGGCUCAAUUGAUUUUGGAAAAACAGUCAUAACUAAUAAAGAAUAUGUUGAAUUAAUUGAUAAAGUUGCGAAACCCCUCAGACAAUUGAAACACUCGAUAACGAGUGGAGAAGGAGAAGCAAGCAAAGUUGUUGAAAUUCAAACUUCUGUUGAGUGCAAAGGAAUCACAGGCAAUGAUGGACGACGUUAUCUACUUGAUUUACUUCGGACCUUCCCACCUGAUGUUAACUUUUUAAAACACGACGAUGAUGAUGAACCAGAACAACUUCUUCCCAACUGUGUUAAACUUGGUUUCCCAAAGAAACAUCGUCAUCAACUCGCAACAUUGAGACCUGAAUUAGUGGAAGCAUUUGCGGAACAAAAAUAUAUUGAAUUUAUGCAAAGUUGUGCAGCACAGAUAUUUGCAUUAAGAAGUUUACCUGCUGAUGCUGUCGGGGAAGCACAAAAAGCAUUCCAAGCAGCAAUUCAAGGAGCAACAAACAAAACUGAUUCUAAAUCCACCUCCACAACUGAUACUAAUAAUGUACCUCAGCCCUCAGCCUCGUGCGAUCAAACAAAGUCUGCUGGUCAACUCCAUCGAGCUGUUGUACGUGAAGCAGCGAGAAAGGCUGGAUCAUGCACAGAUUCAGAGUUUGAUCUGAGAUUUAAUACUGAUUUAUUUACGAGAGGAAUCAAACAUGCAGAUGCAGCUGAAGAUAUCAAAAAUCAAAAAGAUUUAAUUAAAGAAGCUGCAGAAUUCUUGGUCUCCAAUCAAAUACCUACUUUUAUUCGUGACUGUGCACAGCAAACUGUUCUUCCAGUAGACGGUCCAUCCAUGAUCGAUGCUAUGCAUGAGAGAGGUAUCAGCACAAGAUAUCUUGGAAAGAUAGUACAGCUUCUACCAGAGAGUAGUAAACUUGUAUAUAUAAAGCGAAUCUGCGUCACAGAGCUGUAUUCAAGAUGUAUUCGUCAUAUAUUCCGAAGUUACCUACAAUCUGCAUCACAGACUUACCUCUGCGCGUCUAUUGUACAUUUCCUAAACUGCCUCUUUAGUUCGUGCAAAUCAAAUCCUAAUGUUUUGGAUCAUGAAUCAAAGAAAAAGCGACGCAAUCGUCGAAUGAAAGAUGUGAAGAGCGACUGGAACAAACUGACUUCUCAAUCACUGUGGACACAAAUAUCAGAAGAAGCAAAACAAUAUUACGAUUAUACAUCGGAACUGAAAUCAGUGGAUGAAAUUUUUGAGAAACAUGAAAUACAAAGAGUUGCUUUGUUGAGGAAUUUUUGCUUGAAAAAUGGAAUUCAGUUACUCAUCCGAGAUUAUGAUUUCGAGAGCAAACACAAACCAACUUUUACGGAAGACGAUAUUCUGGACGUUUAUCCUGUCGUUAAACACGUUGCUCCUAGAGCCAGUGAUGCGUACCAUUUUUAUGCAAGUGGCCAAGUCAAAAUCCAACAGGGUGCUCUAAAGCAAGCUAUUGAGUAUAUCUCUGAAUCAUUGAGUUUAUUCAACAAUGUAUAUGGAGUUAUGCACAUGGAAAUUGCAUCUUGCUACAGAAGUAUUGCUAGGUUACAAUAUAUAUCUGGUGAUCACCCAGAAGCUGUCAGCAAUCAACAGAAAGCACUCAUCAUGUUUGAACGAAUUUUGGGUAUUGAUCACGCAACAACAAUGUUUGCUUAUGUCAAUCUGGCAAUCUAUUGUUUUGCAAAUUCUCAAAUACAAUCCUCACUCAAACUUCUGUACAGAGCAAAAUAUUUAUUGAAUGUCAUGUAUGGUGAUGAUCAUCCUGAUAUGGCUCAAAUAAAUAGCACGAUUGGGCUUGUGCUUCAUGGACUACAGGAAUAUGAUCUUUCGUUAACAUAUUUAACUGAUGCAUUGAGGAUUAAUGUUCUUGGUGGAAAACAAAAUUUAAAGACAGCUGUGAGCUAUCACCUCGUAGCCAGAGCAUAUUCAUGCAAAGGAAAUUUCCGACAAGCACUUCACAAUGAAAAACAAACUUAUAAGUUGUACCAAGCACUGUUAGGAGACGACCAUGAUAAAACAAAAGAAAGCGAGGAAUUCUUGAGACAUCUCACCCAACAAGCUGUCAGCUUGCAAAGAACGAUGAAUGAGAUCUAUCAGAAAGGUAGCAAGGCAGCGAUACCUCCUCUACAAAUCAUGCCUCCGAGUAUAAGUAGUGUUGUAGAUUUGAUCAAUGCUAUUAAUGGGAUUGUGAGAAUGGUACCAGCAGAAACUAAUGUGAAGAUUCCUGAACCAAGCAAACCAAUCAAAGAUGUCACUGAUGUUGACACUGAAAAAGAAAAAUGAAAUUUAUGGUAUAUUUGAAAUCCUGUGUAUGGAAACUGUUCAAACUGCGGAACCUGAAUGAAAAGUGAUUUUCCGUCCUUGAAGAAAAUAGUGUUUAACUUGUUAUUUAUUUUUGUUAUAGUGUGCCAAACAUUGAGCAAUUGGAGAGAUGAAGAAAUUAACUUCUCUUGUGUUAGUAUAAGUACUUAGUUUAUGAUUUAGCCCUUUUGCCACUUAGUAUCUGUGAGUAUAGCAAUGCUUCCAUUGAACUAAUCUUUCAAUAAUUAAACUUGCCGCAAAAGAAUCUUUUGAAAAAAUUUUUUUUAUUACAGAGUUCCUUUCAAUACUUGACCAACCUCUUCAAAAUUCUGUAAUCAGAGAUGGUAGGGUCUUUUCACAUUUACCUAAUUUUUUUGGGCCUAUACACAGAUGGUAGGACUGAAUGAGCUUUUGAUGAGGGUGUUGGUGGCACUGGUACCAAUGCCUAGUAUCCACAUUUGAUGAAUAUUGUUCUAUUAUUCAACUUGGUAAUAUGGGGGCCUUGAUCAAGCCAUAUUUAAGCUGCAUUUAUAUGUUAAAAGCUCCCAAACUUCUACAUUUGUUGAUUUACAACUCGUACAUGCAUUUGUUGUUCGACUCUCGUAUGAGAAUGAACUAAUCUAAUAUAGAAAAAGUAUUUGUUGAUUUACUAUUCACUGUUCUGUCUUAUUCUAACACUUUUAUAUUAGCUUAAACGCUUAAACAAAUGUUGAAGUUUGUACAUGCUUGGUGAAUUAUAUUAUUUGUUGAAAAUUCUAUCAAAAGUUCUAAAGAGUAUCAAAGUUCAAUAGAAUACUUUUGUUGCCAAAUUGUCAAACAUGCGUUUAAGCAAUCGGCCAUAAUAGGCACAAUUUAUAUUUACGGUAAGUUUCAACAAAGUAACCAAUAAAAAAUGUUAAUGCCAAAUAGAGAGAAUUUAGAUUUUUCAAUAAUGAUAGUAUGUUUCAAAUUUAUAUAGCAAUAUUGUAUUGAUGUUAUUUGUUCAACUAACUUGUAUGUGGUCAUUAUCCGAUUCUACAAAUCCUAUGCUAAUAGUGAAGUGUUGUUGAAUGAUAAAAUUCAUUCAAGUUGCCAUACACCAUGCAUUUGUUAUGUCAUCUGUAUUCAUUUUUAGUUAAAUUGUUGAUGGUCGAAAGAGUCGAGAAUACUGUUUGUUACAAAAUAUUUUCAUUUCGUACUGUGUCAAGAGUUAAUUUUGUUCAAUUUUUCUUUGCUAUUCGCCUUAGUGUAUUUUCGUCCAAUACCUACUUUUUGCUUUCUUAGAAGUUUAAUCCUGAAUUUGAACUUGCUUAAUCAGUUCCUAACUAAUCGUACUAUGUUCGAUAAUUUGGGUUCAAAUUUCUUUGUUGGCUACUCAGUAUGAUGAGUAACUGUUUUCCUUCUAAUUAUUUUUAUUUGACAUUUUUUAUGCUUUUCGUCACAAUUACAUAAAAAUUUUCUAGCGCCAUUGAUUAUGCUUGAGCUUUGAACUGACGCUGGGCUGUAGAAGCAAAAGCAGUUUUUUUUCUUUUGUGCUUUUGUUGGUAUUUGGUGAUUUAAUAUACCAACCGAAUUAUCCUAUUUGUUAUGUGCACAAGCAUCAUAUAGAAAUUUGAACCAUUCUAAUAAGUUCUCUUUUGUGUCCCUGAAGGUAAAUAAAACAUCUGUUAAUGAAGGUGAACUAGUUUAUUUUGAAAACUGUGCUACAAGCUACACUAGUUCCUUUAACUCUUUUAUUUACUUGUUUUUCAAGGCAUGGCUAUAUCUUGCCUACGAAACGAUUGGUCACUAUUUUUCAAUGGUACAUUUUGAUUUAAUUUGUUUUUCUUUAUGGAAAGUAGCUAAAGUCCUAAACGCAGUUUAUGUUUAAGUUCGUACCCUUUUUACCUCUAUGUGUAUCUAGGGUGAUUUGAUUUUUUUUGUUAAAUGUCGGUUAUCUAGGAGAAUUUUGAACUACAGAAUGCUAAUCCUUUUUUUAGUAUUUGCAUUUAGUUGUCUGUUUGCUUGCAAUUGUGAUUUGUUUUGAGAAAGGCACCAAAUUUUGUGAUCCAUUUCUAGUUUGUGUGCGUUAAUACAAUCUAAGCAAGAUUGCG